GUGAGACCCAGAGCAGCAGGUGCAGGUUCAGGGGGCUCUCAGCUGCCCCUGGUCCUGGUCUCUCUGGUCCCGGCCCUGCUGCUGUGAUCUCUGCUGCUGUUCCGUCUCGAGGUGACACCCUCUCUCGGCCGCGCGCCUGUCGGGCACCAGCAGUACAUAAAGUGAGCUGCGCGCGCACGGGGCUCAUCAGUGAAGCAGAGACCGGUCUGAGCCGAUCCGGUUCCUUCAGAGCUCCAACAUGAGCAGCGAGGACUCUGCGCACCGGGAGCGCACCAGGUGAUGCGCGCUGCGGGACUCGGCUCGGGUCUAAUACCGGACAGGAUGGCGGAACUAUGGAACCACAACACCUCGUCCUAUCUGAACCGGUCCACGGCGGGGCAGGACCGGUCCACGUCCUAUCUGAACCGGUCCACGGCGGGGCAGGACCGGUCCACGUCCUAUCUGAACCGGUCCACGGCGGGGCAGGACCGGUUCAGCAGCCUGGAUGACAUCGACUUCCCUGCGGACGGCUCCCCGACUCUGCGGAUCCUGAUCUCCAUCGUGUACUCGGUGGUCUGCGCCGCCGGUCUGGUCGGGAACCUGCUGGUCUUCUUCCUGAUGAGGGUCCGCCGAGGACGGAAGAAGCGGUCCAGUAUCAACCUGUUUGUCCUGAACCUGGCCGUCACGGACUUCCAGUUCGUGCUGACCCUGCCGUUCUGGGCCGUGGACACGGCUCUGGACUUCAGCUGGCCCUUCGGGGACACCAUGUGUAAGGUGGUCUUGUCGGUGACCGUGAUGAACAUGUACGCCAGCGUGUUCUUCCUCACGGCCAUGAGCGUGACCCGGUACUGGUCUGUGGCCUCUGCGCUGAAGGACCGGACCCGGAGGCGGGUCUGUCCGGUGCGCUGGGUGAUCGUGGGGCUCUGGGUCUCCGCCACGGCCGCGUCCCUCCCCACGGCCGUGUUCUCCACCGUGAGGAGCGUGGCCGGGGAGAGACUCUGCCUGCUGGGCUUUCCGGAGGGACAGUCCUGGCUCGCGCUGUACCACCUCCAGAAGAUCCUGGUGGCCUUCGUGGUCCCCAUGCUCACCGUCACCGUGUGCUACCUGCUGCUGCUUCGCUUCGUGCGCAUGCGCAGCAUGAACAACAACCAGGUGAAGCGGAGGUCCAGGGUCACGCGCUCGGUCACCAUCGUGGUCCUGUCCUUCUUCAUCUGCUGGAUGCCGAACCACGCCAUCACCUUCUGGGGGGUCCUGGUCAAGUUCAACGUGGUGAACUGGGACAAGGCGUACUACAUGGUCCACACCUACGUCCACCCGGUCACGGUCUGCCUCGCGCACACCAACAGCUGCCUGAACCCGGUCCUGUACUGCCUCAUGCGCAGAGAGUUCCGCAAGAGGAUGAAGGACCUGUUCUGGAGGAUCUCCUCCCCCACAGGGACCAACAGCUGCCCCCUCAGACCCUUCUCCGGGACCGUGAGAGCCGAGCCGGACGACACGCAGGUCGGGAUCCCGCUGAACCACGUGGAGACAGAAAACUACAGACUGUCGGUGUUAACGGACCCGGGAGAGACCAGGGAGACCCUGCAGAGAUUAACGGACCAGGGAGAGACCAGGGAGACCCUGCAGAGAUGAACGGACCAGGGAGACACCAGGGAGACUCUGCAGAGAUGAACUCAAAGUCUGUUUUCAGAGUCCACAGCAGCAUGAGAAUGAUCACUGAUAUCACUCAUCACAGACCGUGGAGCUGCCAUCAUGUGUGUUUAAUGCAGUGCGUGCUGCUGGAGAGCAGAGUACCAAAUCCAGGACUUAUCAUCACAACUGAACCCGGAUGUGUUCUGACUUUAAUUUAUCACAGUUUGAAGAAGUGAACCAGAGAAACAGGGACAUGACGAGCGCGCGUAAAGUGCGCGUAAAGAGCUGCUGUGCGUAAAACCAGCAGCUGCGUCUCUCUCAGACUGACACCCUCUCCUCUCUAAUGCUGGGGCCGUGUUCUGGUCCGGGAAGUCUUCUUCUCUCUGAGAUUUAUUGUACAUGGAUUACAGGUUCGGUGUCAUGUUGUGCAGAUUCUGGUCUCUGUGCAGGACUCCUCCUGCUGCAUGGAGGAGGACUCCUCCUGCUGCAUGGAGCAGGACUCCUCCUGCUGCAUGGAGGAGGACUCUUCCUGCUGCAUGGAGCAGGACUCCUCCUGCUGCAUGGAGGAGGACUCUUCCUGCUGCAUGGAAGAGGACUCCUCCUGCUGCAUGGAGGAGGACUCUUCCUGCUGCAUGGAGGAGGACUCUUCCUGCUGCAUGGAGGAGGACUCCUCCUGCUGCAUGGAGGAGGACUCCUCCUGCUGCAUGGAGGAGGGCUCCUCCUGCUGCAUGGAAGAGGACUCCUCCUGCUGCAUGGAGGAGGACUCCUCCUGCUGCAUGGAGGAGGACUCUUCCUGCUGCAUGGAGGAGGACUCCUCCUGCUGCUGCUGCUGCUUCCAUCAUCAGUCUGUGGAGUGUUUCUCACAUGUGUUGUGGCUGAAGUGUAAAGUGUUCACAGUGUUGAUCAGUGAAUGUAAAAGAAAUCUACCAGUUGGACCUUAAACAUGUUGGAGAAUAAAGUCUGUUCUUUGGAUGAUCA